AUGGAUGCCGUCACGCCCCAACCCCCGGCGUACGAAAAUGACAAGAUCGGUGAGCACAAGCACGAGCCGGCCUUCGAGGAGGAGAAUGGUCUGAAGCAUGGCGAGGUCUCGGAUGCCUUUGGUAACGAGGAAUAUGCCGAGAUCAAGUACAAGACCCUGAAGUGGUGGCAAUGCGGUCUGCUCAUGAUUUGCGAGUCCGUCUCGCUGGGUGUCCUGUCUCUGCCUUCCGCCGUCGCGACGCUUGGUCUUGUCCCUGGUGUCAUUCUGAUUGUUGGUCUCGGUCUGCUGGCUACCUAUACCGGCUACAACAUCGGUCUGAUGCGCGAGCGGUAUCCUCACAUCCAGAACCUCGCGGACGCUGGUGAGAUUCUGCUCGGUAGUUUUGGACGCGAGCUUUUCGGUCUUGGACAGUUCCUUUUUUGCAUCUUCGUUAUGGGUAGUCAUAUCUUGACUUUCCGUGUUAUGAUGAACACUGUCACUGAGCACGGUACUUGCUCUAUUGUCUUCAGUGUUGUUGGUAUGGUCAUUUCGCUUGUCCUGUCUAUCCCUCGUACUAUGAAGGGCAUGACCUGGAUCUCCUUUGCUUCCUUCCUCUCCAUCUUCUCCGCCGUAUUGAUCACCAUGAUCUCUGUCGGCGUCGAAGCCACCCCAGACCGCGUCAUCGAAGCCACCGUCCAAAACAACCUCUACACAGCCUUCCAAUCCGUCUCCAACAUCGUCUUUGCCUACUGCGCCCACGUCGCCUUCUUCGGCCUAAUUGCCGAAAUGGAGAACCCGAAAGACUUCAAGAAGUCCCUUUUCAUGCUGCAGGGCUUCGAAAUCUGCCUCUACCUUGCUGCCUCCGUCGUUAUCUACUACUACGUCGGCAAAGACAAAGUAGCCUACGGCAUUGCCAUCCCCACUAUCGUCGGCGCCGGCGUCGUGAACGGCCACAUCGGCUUGAAGUACAUCUACUUCCGGCUCUGCGCGAAGUCCGACCUGAUCCACCAGCGCAACUGGAAGUCCGUCGGUCUCUGGCUUACCCUCGGCGUGACUUGCUGGGUCGUUGCGUGGAUUAUUGCCGAGGCUAUCCCCGUGUUCAGUAACCUGAAUUCGCUGAUUGCUGCGCUCUUCGCUAGUUGGUUCAGCUACGGUCUUUCUGGUAUCUACUGGCUGCACCUUAAUUAUGGGCUGUGGUUCGCUGGGCCAAAGAAGAUUGCUCUGACUAUUCUUAAUGUCGGUAUUGCGCUUAUUGGUCUGGUGCUUUGUGUGCUUGGUCUUUAUGCUUCUGGUACUGCUAUUCAUAAUGAUAAUAGCAGUGCCAGUUUCACUUGUGCCAACACUGAUACCUAA